AUGGUGCCGGCUGCCGAGUGCCCUUCUCCAGGCUCCGACUACAGAAACCACUGUCGCUGCAACUUCCCGGGUGGUGGUAUAGAGCAUUCUGGGGUGUCCAGAGCUGUCAUCCAUAUCCACAAGCACAGGGGAAUAGAGAAGUUCAAGCUUCUGGUAGAAGGUGACAACCUGCAGGCAGUCAUGGCCACCAAUAGUGUGAAAGGCAGCCAUAACACUUCCAAUAACACGUAUGAGGUGGAGAAAACUCUGGGCAUUGAGGCUGCCCGGACAACCAUCAUCAAUGAGAUCCAGUACACGAUGGUCAACCAUGGCAUGAGCAUCGACAGGAGGCACGUGAUGCUGCUCUCCGACCUGAUGACCUAUAAGGGUGAAGUCCUGGGUAUUACCAGGUUUGGCCUGGCCAAGAUGAAGGAGAGUGUGUUGAUGCUGGCCUCCUUUGAGAAGAUAACUGACCAUCUCUUUGAUGCUGCUUACUUUGGGCAAGAAAGACUGAGUAUGUGGUAG